UAGUUGUCGGAUGCGUCGGCGCAAGAAUGGGGUAGAGACAAAGAUGAACCUGGAUGAAAAAUCGUUCCUCUUUCAGUAUAGAAAUUUUCUCGUCAUUACUGACGAAAUCACACAAAUCUUUCAGACAAUUUCCUCCUCCAUUUCGUCACUGCUCGCGACUUCGCACGAUCGACCUGUCACCCAAUAAAUAUAGGCUUUGGACUCUCCUUUGCACAAACUACUCUCUCACUGUUUUGGAAAGCUUCCAACUCCAAAUCGCUCAACAAUCACCACAAAUGGCCACUGCUUUUGUGAAAGAGGUUCUUCCCCCAGCUCUCGAUUCUACAUCCAAACCACCUCCCCUCUUUGAUGGAACUACUAGGUUGUAUAUCUGUUACAUGUGCCCCUUUGCACAGAGGACUUGGAUUGCCAGGAACUAUAAGGGUCUACAAGACAAGAUCGAAUUGGUUCCUAUUGACCUUCAAAACAGGCCCACCUGGUACAAGGAAAAAGUUUACCCUGAAAAUAAGGUGCCAUCACUGGAACACAACAACAAAGUCAUUGGAGAGAGUCUAGAUUUACUUGAAUAUAUAGAAAACCACUUUGAAGGGCCUGCACUUCUACCCAAUGAUCCUGCCAAACAACAGUUUGCUGAAGAGUUGUUAUCCUACUCUGACACAUUUAACAAAACCGUAUAUACCUCAUUUAAAGGAGACACGGUAAAAGAAGCUGGUGGUGCUUUUGAUUACUUAGAAACUGCGCUUCACAAAUUCGACGAUGGGCCUUUCUUCCUUGGCCAAUUCAGUCUGGUGGACAUUGCCUAUGCUCCGUUCAUUGAAAGGUUUCAAAUCUUCUUUGAAGAUGCCUUUAAGUAUGACAUCACAUCAGGAAGACCAAAACUAGCAGCAUGGAUUGAAGAGCUGAACAAGAUCGACGCUUAUCCACAGACAAAAUGUGAACCAAAAGUGCUUGUUGAAUUCUACACGAAACGUUUUCUGGCUCAGCAGUGAACAUGCAGCAGCUGUUCAUAACUAUGUAUUAAAUAAGUGGCUUGAUGCCCUAAUCAAUAUCUCUAAUCUAAAACUCAAAUUUAUCCGCACGGGGAUGUGGAUUUAUGUUUUGUUUUUUGUUUUUUUGUUUUUGUGUUUUGAGGUCAGGGUAUGUGGAAUUUGCUAAUAAGAUCAAAAGUUAUCUAUGUUGUAAUGUGUUGAUGUAUUACAUCAUGCUCUUCGUUUUGGUUUGUUUUUUACAUCAUCAGAAUUUAGACCAUAUUUUCAGUUUCAA